AACAGGUGAAUUUCCCAGAUAACAUAAUAUCAUUGAAGAUCCGUCCUAUAUCAUGCAUCAUCAUGAUGUCAUCAUCUUCGUUACUUGAAGGAUGGACGUUAUCAGACAUGGUGUGGUUGAACUCAAUUCAAAUCUAAAAAUGUCUUGAUUUGACCGCCUCUGAAAAACCUCACGAAUUGUCGAUGUGACGCACCAAUCAUCUUCAGACAGUUUGACCUUCAAGUGCUCGCAGCCUCCUUCAGUGGACAAUACCCCUGAAGCGUUGCCCAAUUUGUGUUGUGUUGGUUUUGGUGAACAUUUACAAUGUCUGGGCUCCGCGUCGCUGAAAUAUCUGAAGAUACUGCAGAUAACCUAAAAAACUUCAAAUUUCGAAAAUCCCAGAACACAGUUGCCCUCAUAUUGAAAAUUGAUAAAGAAGCUUUGACAAUCGAACCAGAGCAAAUACUUGAAGAUAUUACACUUAAAAAUCUCAAAGAUUCUUUACCGUACCAUCAACCAAGAUAUAUUCUUCUAAGUUACCGUUAUGAAAAGGAGGAUGGUCGGGUAACAUUUCCAUACUGUCUAUUAUUUUCAACUCCAAUGGGUUCUGCUACAAACCUAAAGAUGAUGUAUACCACAAGUCUUACAAAUCUGAUGCAUAAAAGCGGAGUAACGAAGGUUUUUGAACUCAGAGACCUGGAAGAACUUUCGGAUGAAUGGUUAAGAGAAAACCUGGAUCGCACGGCUUGAGCUAAUAAAUUAACCUUCCUUGGUUGUUUAGAUCCAAUUUUGUUAAUUUUUUUUACAUAAAUUAAAGUCCAUGUUAUAUUC